AUGCCAAAGGCUACCGAGCAAAGCCUGGUCCCACCAAACCCGCCGCUAGAAGCACCAGCCUUGAAAGAUCAUGAGCUGUGUUAUUCAUAUCAGAUUGCCCGAGGCGAGAUGGGCGUCUUGUCAUUCGAGCCAUAUAAGAGCCUCAUCCUGCCGUACUGGGCAUUCCGGACUGUUCCCAUCGCACGUAAAUCGGCCGAGGCUUUGUGGUCGAUAUUCGAGUCCUAUCUCGAACGAGGCGACUUUGUCGGUGCAGACAUGACUCGGAAAUUCAUUCAGAUGGGUAUGACUCGUGCGCGCCGGUACGCGAAUCAUAAGGGAGGUCGAAAAUACGACGACGAUGGGAAACAGCUGCCCAACUGGACCGAAGAGGAUCUCGACGGCAAGCGGAGGGAGAAGGAGCAGGCCAGUGAAAUCUUCAAGGAGUAUUGGAGAAGAUGUACCAGCUCAGAAAGGUAUCUCCAGCUGAAGCAGGAAUGGUCAAAGUCAAAGAAAGACUUUACCCGGGCCCAGAUUGUUCGUUCCUCGGACGAUACCUGA